UUUAGUCUUAAGUGAGCACUCUCACAGUCCAAGCGGGGAUCUUUGUUGAACUUGGUUGGCCGUCUUUCCUUUUCAGCUCAGGCUCAUAAGUAGCUGUUGAAAAAUGAUGCGACCAAAAGAUUUACGCCAGGGCUCCGGCACCAAAACCUUCCUCGAUGCCAUGCACGGGGGCAAAGUUCACCUGGCGCGUUUCAUCUUGGAUGCCUUGGAUGGACGUAUCAUCAACUCAAAGACCGAAAACAGCCGAACUCCACUCAUAUACGCCGUUUGUCUACAAGAAGCUGGGACCAGAGCCAAGUUUGCCCGACUCCUUCUUGAGAAAGGUGCCGACGUCAACUGCCAGGAUGAGGAAGGACGCACGGCUUUGAGCCAUGCCUGUGAGUUGGGUCACUUAGACAUGGUCAAGAUCCUGGUGCAGUUCAAUGCGGAUCCAGAUGUCUCUGAUGUGUGGGGUAACAGCGCUCUGAUGUAUGCUGCCUAUUCUGGCCAAAGCCAGGUGCUUGAGUUUCUGGUCCGGGCUUUUAAAAGACUUGGACUGAGACUAGACAGAAUGAAUGACGCUGGGCACACAGCCAUUGAGGUGGCCGACUUCUUUGGGCACAACCAGUGUGUGCAGAUUUUGAACUUUCAGUGCAGACGGAGUGUCGGCACUGAUGAUUCUCCUGUUGAUCCAGCAAAUAUUGGGGAUGGAGAGCUACCCAACAGACUGCCCCGACACAUCCUAGAGAAGUUCUCCAAGCAGCACAACAAUAAAGAAGACCAUCUACCAGGGGUAUUUCAGAGACACGUGAACAUCGGGGACGGCAAUGGGCUGUGGAACCGAUUCACAUGUCCCAGGAACCAGACGCAUGAAGAGAAACAUCACCAAAACUGGUCUCUGCCUCCUCAGAAAAGCCCGACUGAGGGGGAUCAUAGUGUUUUCUUCACUGCCAAACAACUCCAAAACUGCCAGCUUCGGGACCAAAGUGGGGCAAGAACACUCAACUCUCCACCUGAGCCAAGCCAGAAAGAAGUCAAGGAAGAAAUUGCACUCCAAGAGAAAGCACCACAGAGGUUUCCUCCCUGUGGGAAAGCAAAGUCAUUCAACGUGGAGCUUUUCAGCAGCAGGAAGCAGUCCUACCAGGGGGAUGUACACGACAUGAACCUGUCAGCCAGCAAAUUCAAGAGAGCCUCACUACAGGAUGAGCGAUGUCUCCUGGACAAGAUGGAGUGUCAAGGGAACUCCUGGGGCCUCACAAACGAUACGAACAAAACUGUCUCUGUUCCAAAAGCUCCUUUAGGCAUCAAGAGUUUGACCGUGAGAGCCCUUGAGGAAAAGUCUCAGACAGAGGAGCUAAAUGAACCAGCUCCAUCAAGCCGAAAAGAGCCGCAGAAGAGAGGAAGCUUUGCCCCUAGCGGCAAACACAACAAAAUUCUGUUUGGCCGAGGGGAGACGGAAGCGGGUAAGAUGCCCACCCGUGGCCCAGGGUUGAUGGGCUUCGGGACAAGACUGCUCCGCCGAUUCACUGCACCUGAGUUCAUGAGGAUGGUCAUUGACUGUUCGGCGGGGUCCUCCAGCGGAAGAGGACGGAUGUCCCGGUCUGAAACCUUCCCUCUUUCCCACACACACCAGCACGUCAACAGCCAACCGAGCGUCGAUAGCAUCAGCGGAGUCAAAUGUGAGUUUGAAACCUCUUCGUCUCAGUCCGUCCUUGAUUAGGAGGACCGGAAGGAAGCGUUCAAUAAAAAAGACGAGUAGUAACACUUUGACGGCACUUACAAUGCAGUUUGGUUGCUGGCUGAUGAAUUCUUUAUGCGGCAAAAGUAAUCUUCAUGAGCUGACGUUUUGUUUUUUUAAUGUGUUUGCAGUGUUUAUGAAUUGCUUACAAUCUACCGGUAAAACUAUCAAGUACACCCGCACAACAUGAGAUCCAAUGCAAGACCUGUAUGAAGAACUGAAUCACUACGACUGACUCUAUGAGAAAAAAUGUUUAUUGUCAUUGUGGUUGUUUUCAUUGGCUUGCAUCUUGCAUAGUUUUCCUCAUAUUUUCAUGACCGUUUUCAGCUAAAUGAGAAGAGCAAAUAAUAAAAACAACCCUCAGUGUGAUGCAGUUCAGGACUACAACGCUGCAAACUACAACUAAAAUCCAAAACAUAUUUUUAAAGAAUGAAGUGAUAAUUUUAUGAUCAUUUUUUUUCUCAGCUCUUGUAUUAAUCCAGUUAGAUUUUGCAGCUGUACCUAAUGAUCUGGCUGUUGAGUCUAUAUUAGAGGAAAUGUAUGAAUUAGCACUUCGUAAAUAUACAUGAUUUCUAUUGUAAAAAACAAAAGUAGUAUUUGAUAUUGCUUCUGCGUUUAUAAAAACUGUAUGGAUUUUCGCCUGGCUGUAUUCAGUGACAGUGCACUGUAUGAUUCACUCUGAAUAAACACCAGCUCUUUCAA